UUGGUCACCCAAGCUGAUCUCAGACAAACCUGUUACACCAGUCUAAAGAUGGCAGCCUCCGUCAGACAUUUACUGAAACCUUGGACACCGAGUCUGUGUUUCGCGAGAUGGAGUCGGUAUAAUCCAUACUAUCUGGAUCCUGAUCCCAGUAAAGAUGCUCCAGAUUCAGAGCUCAGUCCUGAACAAAAAGAGCUGCAGGAACUGAAAACGGUGAGACCGAUAAAAGCUGCGCUGUCCAGCGACACCAGCUCUACUUUCAAUGACCCUCUGAUCAGCAAGUUCAUCAACAUGAUGAUGCAAGAUGGCAACAAAAUCCUUGCUAGAGGAAUCAUGACACAGACGCUGGAGACUAUAAAGAGAAAACAGGUGGAGAUAUACCACAGAUCUCCUGCAGCCAAGAGACUAGAGAUCGAGUGCAAUCCAUACACCAUCUUCCAGAAGGCCCUCGAGAACUGCAAACCCAUCAUUGGCCUGGCCAGUGUUCAGAAAGGAGGGAAAUCUUAUCAGGUGCCCGUCCCUCUCACGGAUAAUCGGCGGCGUUUUCUGGCCAUGAAGUGGCUGAUCACAGAAUGCAGAGACAACAAGCACCGUCGCACACACAUGUACGAGAAACUCUCGCAGGAGCUGCUGGCCGCCUUCGCUAACGAGGGAAACGUAGUGAAACGCAAACACGACCUUCACAAGAUGGCCGAAGCCAACAGGGCAUAUGCACACUACCGCUGGUGGUAGAGAGAGGAGAUUUGGACUCCUAGUACACCCACAGACGUGAUUUGUUUUGGACUGACGGCAUCAGGAGUUUGGGAUGGAUGGGCAUCACAAAAAAGGACUGUUAUCUUGACUCAUAAAUACAGUUUGUUCUUGAAGGAAAGUAAAUAAAGCUAUAAAAAGUCA